GACACAGCAACUCUGAUGGACCUCAUCUGAAACGUCGACUCACCAGUGGAGGUGUUUCUCUCCGAGCGCCACACUUUCAGGAAACGUCAUGGCCAUCACAGUCUACAACGUGUCGUCCACCUGCGCCGGCGUGAGCUGGCUGGCGGCGCCCGGCUGCCUGGACUCCUUCUACAGCGUCAUGUACCACCCCGAGUGGAGCAGCCUCCUGCGGGGCUUCAAGCGCAAGAGCUUCAUGCACGAGGAGCGCAUCCCCGUCAGCCAGACCAGCACCCGCCUGGCCAACCUGCUGCCACAGACCGCCUACUUCCUGUGCGUCACUUGCCAGGCCGCCGACCCGGUGCGCGACCAGUGCCAGGUGUUUGUUACUCUGAGCGACGGCGAGGGUCAGGACCGGGCCGGCUGGGAGAGCGGCGUGGGGGUGUGGCUGACCUGCUGCGUCCUGCUGCUUGUCGCCGCCGCCGCGCUGCUGUGGGGGUGCCGGCACAACGGCCGCGCCGUCUCCACUCAGGGAGCGGACGACCGCCCCGCGGCGACUGACGCGGUCGGCGAGGACGGCCCCGCAUCCGGACGCCUGUACACCCCACAGGGCAGCUGCAACGCCGCCGCCAAACGGGGCGCGGUGAUGCAAACGCCGCUCCUGUCCACCCGUGACCAUGAGCUGAGGACGCUGGCUAAAAUGUCUGCGAGCGAGCUAGCUUGAAACAUGAUCAGCAUCCACCUUCCAUCCAUCCAUUUUCUACCGCUUGUCCCUUUUGGGGUCUUGUUGGAUGAAAUAAAAGG